AUGGCUUCUCCAGCUCUGAUUCCGGCGCUUCCUCCGACGCUUCCCGAACCAGGUGGAGAGUUACCAGUCGAUUCAGCCGAUGAGUUCAGCGAAUCCAACGACUGCGACGAUUUCCACGACAACGACGACUGGGAUGGUCAGCCAUGGGAGGUAGUGUUUCCAUCGGACUCUCCCCUACUGACAACAAGCUAUGAGUCUUUUGAUCGACUCCUUGAUGUCUUGAAAGCGUUCUGCAUUCAGAAUCGGAUGGGCAUCGUUACUAUACGAAAGUCGGCAUUUCAACCCAAAGGCAUCCGUGGCCAAAAUUCGCAAUACGAAUACAGCAAAGAUAGCCGCCAACUGUCCAUUCAAAGUCAUCGUUCAAUCCUCCAGGCCAACAAUUACGAGUGGUCCAUGAGAAUUGUGAGCUCUCUUCAUCGAGACCACGGCCCAUCGCAAAGUCUUUCGGAGCACUACCAUUGGAGAAAGUUAACGGCGGAACAAAUGAAACUAUUGGAAGAUCUUUGUCUGGACACUACGAUUUCUUCUCGAUCCGUUCAUAAGCAGCUCUGCCAUAAGUGGCCCAAGAUCCCUGUUCGCAGAGCAGAUAUUUAUAACUGGAGAUGGAAAGUCAACCAGGCAAAACGUCAAGGCUAUGGUCCCGCCAACGAUUUUGUUAGGACGCUUUCUGAGUCGAAGAAAGUCUGGAUAUGGGGGCUAGACUGGAUCGAAGAUGAGUUCCGUUUUCGCCACGCCGCUUGGGGAUACCACCAGGGCGGCAAAAUGUGGCAACAAUUCCUACGAGCAGGCAUCAUUAGAUCCCCAGAGGUCGUUAUCACAGACAUGGACGAUCAGCUGCGCAAUGCCAUACGACAAAUAUUUCCCAACACGCAACUUCAGCUAUGUGUUUUCCAUAUCAACAGCAAUGUGGUCUCAUACAUCAAGAAGUGGUGGAAGAAGGAUAAUGACUCUGAUCUGGACGAUGACGCAGAAAAUUGGGACAAUACCGAUGCUCUUGACGUCCAAGAGAUGGAACGUGAGAAUACCGAGGUGAAAACAUGA